AUGUCGUCCGAGGUUCAAGAAAUCGUGGGGACAGACACGGUUGUGCCUUCUUCAGCUCUAACAGCAGUUGGUGUAGUACCUAUGGACGUCGAGAAGGCCGCUGGCAGUGAUCGUGAUGUUGAGAUUGUGCAAGCAGAGGAAGCAAGGAAGGAGGAUGACAAACAAGGGACUGGGAAGGCAAAAGUUGUGAUUGUGAAGGGGGAUGACAAUGACAAGAAAGAUACCCGGAAGCAGAUGGCAUCAAGAUCAGAGAUGUGGAACCACUUUGAAAAGGUCAUGAUCAAUGGUGUUUUGCAGAAAGGAAAAUGCAAGUACUGCAAGAGUGAUAUCAACGCCCAUACUACUGUUAAUGGUACAUCUGCUCUGCGCAAACAUUUUAAUAUUUGCAAGCGUAAUCCUCAUAGAAAUAUUGCUGAUGAUAAACAAGCUGUGUUGCAAUAUAAUCAGGGUGAUAGUGUUAAUACUUGGAAAUAUGAUCCUGAUGCUAUUAGGGAUGCUUUUGUGGAAAUGAUGAUAGAGGAUGAACUCCCCUUUGCAUUUUGUGAAAAAGCUGGGUUCAGGAAGUUUAUGUCUGUAGCAUGCCCACGUUUCUUAGUUCCAUCUAGGAGAACAUGCACUAGGGACAUUGUUGGCAAAUAUUUUGAAGAGAAGGCUAAACUGAAACUUUUCUUUAAAGAACAAUGUGAAAGAGUGUGUCUCACCACUGAUUGUUGGUCUUCUCAACAAAAAGAUAGCUACAUGACUGUUACUGCCCACUUCAUUUGUAAAGACUGGAAACUUCACAAGAAAGUGAUUGGCCUUUUCAAUGUUAAGAGUCAUAAGGGUGAUGAUAUUGGGAAAUACUUGCAAAAAACCUUGAUCGAUUGGGGGAUAGAGAAGGUCAUGACAAUUACCGUUGAUAAUGCUAGUAAUAAUGAUGGUGGAAUUGGUUAUAUGAAAAAGGAAUUGAAUAAAGCUAAGACUUGCAUAUCUGAAGGCAAAUAUCUCCACAUGAGGUGUGCUGCCCACAUUGUCAACUUAAUAGUUACUGAUGGUCUAAAAGAAGUUGAUACUUCAGUCAAGCGUGUGCGUGCAGCUGUUAGAUAUGUGAGGAACAGCCCAAGUAGGCUGACUAAGUUCAAAGAAUGUGCUGACCUAGAGAAAGUUAACACUAAAGCUUUCUUGAUCCUUGAUGUGACCACUAGGUGGAACUCUACAUAUUAUAUGUUGAAGGCUGCUACUAGCUAUGAGAAAGUUUUUGCAAGGUAUGCUGAUGAGGAUCCGUACUAUGCAAUUGAUCUACUUAGUGACAAAGGUAAGGAGAAGGGCCCUGGAGUUCCAGAAGAGCAGGAUUGGGAGAAUGUCAACAAGUUGGCAGAAUUUCUUGCACAUUUUGCUCAUCUAACAACUCGUGUUUCUGCCUCACUACAUGUGACUGCUCACAGUUUUUUCCAUGAGAUUGGUGAGGUGAAUAUAUUAGUGAAAAAAUGGAUGGACAGUGGGGAUGGUUUGAAAAUUGCAAUGGCAGAGAGGAUGAAGGAUAAGUAUGACAAAUACUGGGGUAAUUGGCAUGAGCCCGAUCCCAACAAGAAGGGGAAGGAAAAGGAUAACAUGAACUUGUUGAUUUUCAUUGCAACAGCACUUGAUCCAAGAUACAAGCUUGCAGAAUACACACAUCUUGCCAUUUUGGAAAUGUAUGGGGAUGACAAAGGGCCUAGGGUGUGGGCUGCAAUCAAUACUUGUCUCCGAGAUUUGUUCGAAGAGUAUAGGGUGAUGUAUGCUCCAGAAAUUGCGUCGACUCAAACCACUCGGGAAGCUGGAUCUGCAAGUGGAGGGCACGCAAGCAUGAUGAAGUCUUUGAUUGCCAAAAAAAUGAGGUUGAACAAUGGUGGCAGCAGUAGUAGCAAGUCUGAGCUGGACAAGUUCCUUGCUGAGGAAACUGAAGAUGAUAGCCCAAAUUUUGACAUGCUACUUUGGUGGAAGAUCAAUUCAUCCAGGUUUCCUAUACUAGCAUGCUUGGCUCGUGAUGCUUUGGCAAUCCCCAUUUCAACAGUUGCAUCAGAGUCUGCAUUCUCCACUAGUGGGCGCAUUCUUGAUGACUUCAGAACUUCUCUUACUCCUUUUAUGGUAGAAGUUCUUGUAUGCACUCAAGAUUGGCUUCGACAUGGCACUCCUCCCAGCAUAGCAGAGAACAUCGAAGAGCUGACCAAGCUUGAACAAGAAUUAAUUGCGGAGUAUAAGGAGAAAGCAAAGCUCCAAAGCAAUGCCAAGUCCACCACCACAAAGCCUACUUCUUAA